AAAGAUUAACAAGGGCAGAUAAUCAAGAAAUUUUAUAGCGAACCUGACAAAGAAUGGUCGAAUGAAUUAUGGCUGAAGCUGAUGUCUGUGAUGGCUCUCAGGAGGGGCGUGAUGAUCCACUACUGGCAAUAUUUGGCUCAGGGAGAAUUUCAAGUAGAACAGCUUCUCAGCCUAGUCAAGAUGUGAAAGACAUGUUUGGUAUGGAAGCAUCUUCAAACCAGAUAAUUGCUGCUAAAGGGCAAAACCAGUUUACUACAGAUAUGAUCAGUCAGCCAUCAUGUGAAGCCGAGAGCCAAGAUGGAAGUAGAGAUCUUUUCAGUACCCAGACAUCACAAGGUUCUUUGCUGGAUGAACAAAUUGAUAUCACUUUACAGUUGACAGAGUCUGUGUGGGUACAAUGUGACAACCCAGACUGUCAGAAAUGGCGACGUAUCCCAGCACCAGAGGCUGAGGAUCUCAGUACAGAUCCCUGGUACUGUUACAUGUCAUCUGACCCUAUGAGGCACACAUGCUCAGCCCCGGAAGAGGACCAUGCCAUGUAUGAUAGAAUGGCAAAGAAAGCUGGGAUAAAGUUUGUGAUGUCAAUGCUGAGUGUUGGGUCCUUGGUCUGGGCAAAAAUGGCUGGCUACUGCAGGUGGCCGGCUUUGGUUACUAGAGAUCCUGAUGUUGGCUGCCACAUGUUGAUAGACAUCGAUGGUGAUCCACACAGUUAUCAUGUGGAGUUCCUAGGCAAGCAGCACUCACACUCCUGGGUGGCGGCCAAGUUUGUUGAGGUGUAUGGACACAAGGCUGUACCUGAACUAGAAGAAUCACAGUCACAAACUGAAAUUGUUAAAGGAAAGAAAUUGCAAAGAGGUCCAGGUAGGAGACGCUGGAAGAAGGUGGCACUGACUAACCAAGCUAGCGGAAAAAAGAGAACAUCUUAUAAAAGAAUGCAUAUAGCUGCCGUGGUCCAGGAAGCUGAUUUCCUGUUAGGUUUAGAAACAGAGGAGAGAAUAAAAUAUUCUGUCUUCAAGUUUGAUCCUGAUAAAAAAAGAAAAAUAGGAAAACAGGAGAAAAAAGACUCCCAAACGUCCUGUGAAAAAUGUUCUCAGUGUAAAAAGACAGGAAGAAAGAGGAAGUUUGCUCAAGCAGGGAAAGAACAGGAUCCACAUCUUUCAAAUGAAACAAUUGCCACAGACUUGAAAGAAAUGACGGAUGCACAGUUCAAGAGAGGCGAGUUAUACGUUGGAGGAGGGAAGAUAGUGAAGACAGGGGAGGAGUCACAGAUUAGAGGUGGGAAGACAAUGAAGAAAGGGGAGGAGUCACAGGCUAGAGGAGGGAAGAUAAUCAAGAAAGGAAAGGAGAAUCGUGAAGUUUAUCAUUACUGUUCAGAUAUGGCUUCUGCUUCACACUAUGAAAUGUCUCUGGAUGAAGGAAUUUCUGUUAAAACAGUAAAGACAGAAGUAUCAGUGUUUGAUUCCCCGGACCAGUUCUCACAGUCUCGACUGAAGUUCAUGAACCCAAUGGAGGAUAAAAGUAAAGAGGAAAAGUUCAGUAUUGAUCUUGAUAUGUACAGAAAGAAUGAGAAGGCAUUCGAGCAUGAUGUUAGAAGGUUUAUGUCGAGGAAUGGUCAGAGCAUCAGAAAUACGCCUGUCUGGCAUACAGUACCUGUCAGGUUGUUCCAGCUGUACCUAGCAGUCCAUGAGAGGGGAGGUUUUCAACAAGUUAAUAAGAAGAAACAGUGGACAUCAGUAUAUAAGGAGCUAACAGAACAACAACAUGUUAGUAGUGGAGCCGUAGCCAAGAAAUAUUAUCUGAACAAUUUGUAUCCCUAUGAGUUAUACAUCACCGGCAAGAGUUAUCAAGAUGUUUUGAGUGGCAGGAAAAGACAAGUCAGCAAGUCCAGACAAAAGAGGAAGUCGGAAACUUCCAUCCUUGUAGAGAAAACUUUACAGACUAUUCCUACAGAGAAAAAUGUGACAACUGAUUUAUCUCCAGUGCUUUUCAAGGAAGAUGGUACCACUUUUAGUCAGGACAUCGAAGCUAUUCUAGAUCAGCUGGAAGAGGACUAUAGUCCACAAGAUCAAAACAAAGAAAGAUCAUGUAAGAAGCCAGGUCUAAAGUUCCAUGAUGACAAUACUGAUUCUCAAAGUCAGGAGGUACAUAAAGUCCCGUCGGAGUUUCACCCUUCCACUACAGGUGAUGAUGUACAGCAAGUUCCAAACGAUUGUUUCUCUGGUGACGGACUUUCCGACAUUGAAGAGAAAAUACUUCACGAGAUGAAAGCUCUUGAAGAUGACCUCAAUGAAAUUAGCGACCUUGAUUAAUACAGCCUCUGAGAAAAUAUUACAGAUCUCGAUAUGGCAUCAUGUUAUAGACAAUGGAUUUACAAGGAUCAUGUUUGCAGUAUUUGUUCUUACAGUUUUCAGACUUUGUGCAAUGAAGGGUUUUAAUUCAAUAUUUCUCCCCAAGAAAAUUGCAGAUGAUGGACUGAAAAAUCUAUGGAUGGAGAUUGAGAAAUUAGCAGAUAAAUUGUCUAUCAAUUAUGUUUUGUUUUACUAGCAAAUUUUAUUUUUGAAAACCAAAUAACAUCAUAUUAGAGAGUAAAUAGAUUUUAUUGCUCUGAUUUUGAUAACGCUAAUUGCUCAGGUGUUAUGAUAGACUAGUCUUGUGUUGUUCUUUAAUUUAUUUCUUUUUUACCAUUUUGUUGUACCAGUAAUAGACUGAUCUUAUUCACAUUAACCCUUAUCCUGCUAAAUUUCUAAAAUGGACUGGUCCAUCAUUCAGUUUAGACAGUACCAUCUAUUAUUUAAAGGGUGUUCAAUGAAAAUUUACUGACUGAAUAGCAAACAGUGCAGACCAUGAUCACACUGCACGGAUGUGCAGGCUGAUCUUGGUCUGUACUGGUUGCAAAGGCAGAAUCAGUAGCCGCCAGCUGGCUACAGGUUAAUUUCCUAUUAGUUUACUAAUGUAUUUUUAUGCCCCCGGCAUCUACUGAUGCAAGAGGCAUAUAGUGAUUGUCCUGUCCGUCCGUCUGUUCGUUCGUUGGUCCGUACGAGGUUAACCAAAUGGGACCGUUCCGUCUAGCAUCAAUACCCCUUACUAGAAUGACUUGAUACUAAUGCAGAUGUAACCUGUGACCAUUCCUCAUCUUCAGACAUCACCUGAGCUUGACCUUGACCUCAUUUUGGACUUAGGUUGCUUUAUAUGGGCCAUCUCUUGGUUAACCAAAUGGGAUCAUUUCGUCUAGCAUCAAUAUCCCUUACUAGAAUGACUUGAUACUAAUGCAGAUGUUACCUGUGACCAUUCCUCAUCUUCUGACAUCACCUGACCUCAGUUUGACCUUGACCUUGACCUCAUUUUGGACUUAGGUUGCUUUAUAUGGGCCAUCUCUUGGUUAACCAAAUGGGACCGUUUCGUCUAGCAUCAAUACCGCUUAUAAGAAUGAAUUGAUACUAAUACAGAUGUAACGUGUGACCAUUCCUCAUCUUCAAACAUCACCCGACCUCAGUUUGACCUUGACCUCGUUUGGACUUGGGUUGCUUUGUAUCGACAAGGAUGCCACCAGGGGCGUCAAGCGUUUAUUGAACGCAGUUCCUUGUUUUUUUACUUAACCUGUUAUAUCUUUAAGAUCUGUUUAAGUAAAAAUGUAAUAGUUUUGUUUAUUGUAUUAUUGUUUGUUUUAUGCACAUACAUACUUAAUUUGUUCAAGAUUGAAUAAAAUAAAAUUACUUGGUAUUUUUCCUCCUGA